AUGCGAACUACAAGUCCCAGCUCUGCCACUGCUCAAGAAGAGUGAAAGGCUCCUGGCGGUAGCGGUUGCAUUGCAGCUUUAUGACAGCUCCGGUCCUGACAGCUCGGAUUUAGUUUUACAACGGCAACGGGAUACCGAUUUCUAGGCUUUAAUUCAAGUAUUGAAUACCGGCCCAUUAUUUAAGGAUACUACAAGCUGUCCCCGAUGCCGAGUAAUGGAUAACGUGGUUGGCUCAGGAGCAAAGGAGAUGGUCGAGCACGGGGCUGAGCCGGAGCUGCAGCCAGGAGAGCCGGAGCGGGGUAGAGACGCUUUGCAGCAGUGCGUCCUCAUCCAAAACCUCAUCGACAUUUCCCUAUCCAGUUUGCAAGGGCUGUGGACAAAAUGCGCAGCUUCAAACGACCUCACCCAACAGGAGAUACGCACUUUAGAGGCCAAGUUGUUGACGUACAUCAGCAAACAGCUGCAAUGCAAAAGCAAAGUGCCUUUAAAUGAGCGUCCUGUAGCCUUAGACAGCUAUCCUCGGCUUAGUGACUGGUUGAAGACCGUCAACCUCAGGAAUGAAGUUAUCCAGGCUGUCCCUGCAAAGCUAUCUCUGGAUGCUCUGCUGCAGAUGUCUGGGCCACAAGUCACAGAGACCAUGAGAGAGUUUGGUUUGAGUGCUGAAGAGUGCUCACGGCUAAAUAGUGCCCUUUCUUGUUUAAAGAGGGUCAGUGAGUCAGGCGGGGAUCUUAGAGAAGAGAUUAACCAAUCGCCCUCAUUAGAUUUAAAGAGAGACAACAAUAUUAUUACUUCAGCGGAUCAGCUUCUUUGGUCUUCCGCAGCAAUGUAUCCUUAUAGCCCUUCUCCAUUAGAAAGGAAAUCUUGCAGCCAACCUCGCUCAAUUUCUGUAUCUGCUAUUACCUCCUCGGACUGCUUGGCUCCCUCAAACCAGGGCCCAUACAUUUACAUGGAUAAUCUACCAGAUCCAUUUCCAUCCUCACCACACCUAAGCUACAGAGUAACCCCACAUGCUAUUACCAUUACACCUCCUGCUACCCCUCCUUUGAAGAGGAAGAACAAGUUGAAGACUCCACGUACUCCACCACCCCCUUCACGGAAAAUCAUGCACCUCCUGCCUGAUCUCUCCAUAAUCACCCGGAGCAAAUCUCAUGAGUCCCAGCUGGGAAAUCGCAUUGAUGAAGUGUCUGCAAACAAAUAUGAUGAAUUAAAGGUCCAUCAAGGAUCACCACAGACACUGCGGAGAGAUAUUAGGCUGGAGGUCACUCACAGGUUUUCAACCAAAUCCUGGCUGUCACAGCUUUGUCAGGUUUGUCACAAGAAUAUGAUCUUUGGAGUCAAAUGCAAACACUGCAAAUUCAAGUGCCAUAACAGGUGUACUAAGGAUGCACAGUCAUGUGGAAUAUCCAUUAUCCCAUUACCAAAGAUUAGAAGAACAGAAUCUGUUCCUUCUGACAUUAACAAUGCAGUAGUCAGAACUGCAGACCCACCACAGUUUGGCACCCUACCCAAGGCUUUAACUAAGAAGGAUCACCAGCCUAUGGUAAACCAACUUGAUUCCAGCAGCAAUCCAUCUUCUACCACUUCAUCAACCCCAUCUUCUCCAGCUCCUUUUCAGCAAUCCAAUCCAUCAAGUGCUACCCCACCUCCAAAUCCAUCACCUAAGGGCCACCGUGAUAGUCGCUUCAAUUUUCCUGCUGCAUGCUACUUUCAGCAUAGACAACAGUUUAUUUUUCCAGAUGUGCCCAGUUCCGUGCCAGCAGUGAUUCUGCAGUCAGAAACACCAGAUGUUUCAGAAGAAGUUGCAGCUGAGGAGAGUGGAGCAACAGAGGAACAUGAAGCUGAGGAUGAGGUGGAGGAUGAAGAGUCUGAUGAACUAGAAGAACUCCCAAAUAUGAAUUGUCAUCCGAAGGGGCCAAUCUCACGCAAAGCCAGCCAAACAAGUGUCUACCUACAGGAGUGGGAUAUACCAUUUGAGCAGCUAGAGUUGGGAGAACUUAUAGGCAAAGGGCGCUGGGGCAAAGUACACAAAGGACGCUGGCACGGUGAAGUAGCCAUUCGAUUGUUAGAGAUUGAUGGUAACAACCAAGAUCACCUAAAGCUUUUCAAGAAGGAAGUCAUGAACUACCGGCAGACAAGGCAUGAAAAUGUAGUGCUGUUCAUGGGAGCUUGCAUGCAUCCUCCACAUCUUGCUAUCAUUACCAGCUUUUGCAAAGGCCGUACUCUUUGUUCAAUUGUUAGAGACACAAAAAAUGCACUGGAUAUCAACAAAACAAGACAAAUCGCACAGGAAAUAGUAAAGGGUAUGGGUUAUCUCCACGCCAAGGGCAUUGUUCACAAGGAUCUCAAAUCAAGGAAUGUUUUUUAUGACAACAACAAAGUUGUGAUUACAGACUUUGGACUUUUUGGAAUAUCUGGUGUGGUUCAGGAAGGAAGGCGAGAGAAUCAACUCAAGCUCCCACAUGGCUGGCUGUGUUAUUUGGCACCAGAGAUAGUUCGAGAGAUGGCACCAGGGAGAGAUGAGGACCAGCUGCCCUUCUCAAAAGCAGCAGACGUAUAUGCUUUUGGGACAGUUUGGUAUGAACUGCAAGCACGUGAUUGGCCUUUCAAAAAUCAGCCAGCAGAAGCAAUAAUCUGGCAGGUUGGCAGUGGUGAGGGUAUCAAAAAUGUCUUGGCACAAGCCAGCCUAGGAAAGGAAGUUACGGAAAUUUUAUCAGCAUGUUGGUCUUACCAUCCACCAGAUCGACCUACUUUCAUUCUAUUAGCUGAUUUGCUUGAAAAACUGCCAAAACUCAACAGACGCCUUUCACAUCCAGGUCACUUCUGGAAAUCAGCCGAGUUGUAGCUGUCCAUACACUUUGUGGGCCUGCCUGCAUGCAUUAUUUUUUUGUUUUUCUUUAUUCUUAACUGCAUCUUUGCAAUAGGUGGCUAUUGCUUCUGUGAUAGUAAAAAAUUUCAAGUGCACACCAGAAAAACUGCCUGCUGUUGCCACCAGUAAUUGCCAGAUGUCCUUGUGGUUUUGGUCAUUUUGAAGUGUGGAUCUCUGGUACCAUACUGGCCAAAGAUUUCUCAUUAAUUGAGAAAAUAGUGUUAGCCAUGGAUUUGUCAUUCUGAAGCAAACUGCAGAAGCAUGUAUGAGCUCUUAACUGUUACAUAACCAUGUCACAUGCUGAUGGAUCUAUGUUUAAAGAGCUACAAAUAUUAGCAGCAAAAAACUGGUUACAAAUAAGGUCUGAUUGUGCUUUAAUUUUGCACAAACACUGUGAAAGAAAACCCUUUACGUGUAUAUGUAUAUAUGGAAAGGAGCUUCUCUUCUCCCUCUUUCCCCAACCAGAAAAAAAAUUUCAGGAAGGACCAGUCAGCCUCUUCUGUCAAGCCUGCAGUGAAGCAUCUCUCCUUUCACUCAGUUUCUCGGUGUUUUGAGACCCUCAUUGCUAAUGAUGGCAGUUCAAUCAGGCUUCAAUAGGAUUUGCAAAACGCAUCUUGGAGUCUGCUGCCCAGGAUUAGAGUCUGUUUCUGCUGCAUAUUGCUGUUUGUUAAUAAGUAAACUGGUUUAAUAUUUAAGAAUACUGACUUACUAUAAAUACUAAGGGGUCACAUUUUAAUUUUCCUCAUCCAUCUUCUUUAAAGAGCUGAUCUUGUUUUUUUAUAGCAAUUUGCAAACUUACUUUUUCAUUCUUUCUGUUGAAGAGUAGCCUUUGUUUACAGGCUACUGUAUUUCUUUUGUAAGGAUGCAAAACUUACUGACACAGAUGUAGUCAGUAAAUUAUGGUUUGCCCAUUGGACAAUCCUUUAUUUUGUUUUUAGGAAUUUUUCAAAACUACCAUAACUUUCCUAAUCAAAAUUAUGUCUGCUAGUGUUGAAAUGCUCUUGUUCUGAGAGCAAAAUAAUAGCAACAACAGAAAGGAUCUGCAUACAUUGUGAAACAUUUACCCAACAACGUAGGAUUUUUCUGUGAAUGACUGCCAGAGUGUCCCUUUACAUACAUUCUUAAGGAAAGAGACCAUCAAACAAAGCAUGUAUAUACUGAAAUAUCAUUUGAAGCUGUGAUAAUUUACACACUAAAAUGCCCUUAUAUUUUACUUUAUUAUGAACGUAUUGUAAUACAGGGCGAUCGAGUUCAUUUGACAAAGAGGGGGCCAUGUUGUCAUAGAGCCUGCUCAUGCACAAACCUAGUCUCCAGUCAACAUUCCCUGGCCAUCUUUGACAUGUAGGAGGAAAAUGGCAUACUGUCACUGGAUAAAGAUUAAAAACUUGUGUAAAUGUAUUUAUUAAGGUGUAGUUCCCAUUUAAGUAAAAUGUGAACUCAUUUUAACCAGGCCAGGAAUAUUUUUAAUUGUUAUAACCUUGAAGGGGAAAACAUAUACACAUAUGCAUGUACUGUAUGUAAGUAUACAUACAUACAUGCAUACAUACACACACACUGUACAUAAAAUGUAUAUACAAUGAGUAAGCAGUAAACAUUCUUUAAAUUUGGUUUUGUUUUCUGUAUGAGCUAUAAGUUGAAAAUUUUGUCAUGCCUUACUAGUAAUGCUAAAUAGCAGUGAUCUAUGCCCCUCUAAUGUUAAUGAUUAUUAGCAGUUUUAAGUUAUUUUUUUUUAAUUAGUUUCAAACCUACAAAGGAGAAACGGCACUGCUGCUUUUACUAUUUUGUUCAUUGCACAUUUGUGCUCUGCAGUCAUUCAUGGACAACCGCUGUAGAUGUAAUAUGCCUUGUUUUGGGUACUUUUAAAAUAUAUUUAACAUAUAGUAGUAGUAGUUUGUAAUGCUAUCAAAAUGAUAAGAUACAAAAUGUUAUGAUACUAAAAGGAAGUUUCCCCAUUUUUAACUUUAUUAGCAAAGGAUAUCUGGGAUGAUUACAGAUUACUUAUAAAUGCUUGUAAAUACUAUUUGAAAAUGUAAUAGUUGGGAGGAAAUGUUAGUUUAAGAAAAUAGUUUUUGCUAAUAAUGCUAAAGUCUUCCUUCUGUGCAUUGUGUCUUCUCCUUUUCAGACAAAAUGAGAUAUGGUAUGACACAGGAUUCAUUUUGGGUAUGUUGUAGCCACUCUAGCUCUUCGGGUUAAUAGUGUUGCUAGUUUAUCUUAAAGGUCAGAGACUGAAUGCUUUUUCAUUCAGUAAGUUUAUUGAUUAAGGAAGGUUGUCUAGAGAGUUUUUUAAUUAUGGGAAAAGUUCUGUUUUAAUUCUUUCUAAUCAUUUAAUAAUUCACAAAUUAAUCACACAAAUGUGAUAAACAGGCAAACAGUGAAAUGUUCCUUUAUUAGCUGCUUCUUUAUAAAGUAUAGUGUUGUUGUCACCACUAUAGUGCCUUUCACAGUAAAAAUAACAUAAAAUGUUUAGAAGCACCAAUACAUUUUUUGGAAUUGGGGAGUGAAUUGCAAUAAGCAGGGUUCAAAUUUGAAAUGAUUCCUGCAGUAUGGUUUCUUUUUGAAAGCAUUAAAUUAUAUAUAUAUAUAUAUAUAUAUAUAUAGUAAAUCAGCAAAGGAAAUACCCACACUAUUAUGAUGGGAAAGUCAGGUCCUCAAGAGCCACGGGCUUUCAUACUUAUAGAUCUAUGUAGCAUUUCAGAGUAAAACUACUUAUGUUUAACCAGUUCAUAAGUGAUAACAGUGUGUAGUACAUAUUCAUGUCUAUUCUAAGCCAUUUCUCUUGAGAAUCAAUAUAGAUGUUUAAAAAUCAAGAUAGACAAACUAGAGAUUUUAUUAAGAAUGUCCUUUUGGAGUCCAAUUGUUUGUUGUCUUUUUGAUUUAUAUAUUAGAACAGUUACAAUGAAAAGCUGCAUUUGAGGCCGACUUUUGUCCACCUCUGAUGAUGGGUACUCCUUGAAGCCGUAGAGUUGAGUGACACAUGUUAAUUUAACAGUUGAGUGGUAGGAAUUAAAUAAUAAAAUCCAGAUGAAGCUGGUGUCCUUUCAGUGUAUGUUUGUGUGUUUUUUUUUGUUUCCUGAUUUUGGUCACCUAAACUCUUCUAAGUUAUCAGAAGCAUAUAGCUGGGAGGAAAGUGCUUUUAUAUACCUGCCAUCUUUCUUCAAACUAACCCUAUAUCUGCUGUUACAUUGCUGUUCCAAUUCUGAUUACAAUCUGCAUGCAGCCUACCUUUUGGAUGUUGUCAUCCUUAAAUUGCUGCUUAUUGCUGCUUGAGCUAUCUGAUUGAAUGUAGUGUUUAAGCUGUUAUUUCUGCAAUAACAGAGGUAUAAUUGGAGGAUAUUUUUUUUCGUAAGAUGUUUUAUUUAAAUGCAGCCGUAAAAAUGUUAUGAAUGUAUAAAUGCAAAUUGUUUGUUUAUAGCUAGGUUGUAGCAUUUUUGGUACUUGAUCAUUUUUUAAAGCAUUUUUUUUAAUAUCUUUUUGAAAAGUGUUUCUUUUUUUAACUUUUAUGAUAGAAAUUAAUUCAAAUUGGCACACGGAAAAGACCAGGCUGAACAGACAUGCACAUGUUCAAUACUGAUCGAAUAAUGCAAACUAACACACUAAAAAAGCAAUGUGAACACUGGGAAACUUCCAGUUGAGACCCAAUUGCUGUGCUGUUGCAAGGGUAGCAGAUUCAUUAUGGCCUUAAUUACUGUAUCAGCUUCUAGAAUUUAUCUGGCUGAGUGAUGGGAAAUACAGUGUGUACAUGUGUGUAUAGGUGUAUAUGAAACAUACUCUGGUGAGAUGUAAAUGAGUGUCAUAUUGGGUGGCAAACAGUGUAGAUAAUUGCUUCUUUUGUCCAUUAACAUUUGGAUGUUAGGCAGAUUGUCUUUCAUAUUUUGGACAUUCUCUUGAGCACUUGAAUACUAGAUUCAGAAAUGCAAUUUUUUAUUGUUCCUCUCCUCUUUUCAGACUCCAUCACAAACACACACACACACAUCUGUACAACCUUCAGAGCUGCCAUUCGUGCUUGAAUGAUAUUGUUAAAGUACUUGUUUUAGAACUGAGCUGAGGAGGCGCUAACACCUUCAGGCUCUUGGGUUUAAUGUGAAGUUAAAAAGCAUUUUUCUGUAUGAUGUUUUAGGAGUCUACUUAACAAUGACCAUUUACACAUGUAAAAGACUUUUUCUGUUGGAAUGUGAUGUAAAAUUUGUACAGUGUAAGAUUUAUACAUAUAUAUAAAUAUAUAUAUAUAUAUAUAUAUUUUAUACAAAACAAACUGGAGUUUGUCUUCCAGAUAUCAGUAAGGAUUCAUUUAUAUAAGAUUUAAUAUUGAAAGAGGUUCUCUGUUGGUUAGUGCACCAGUUUCAGAUGUACUAUAUACACAACCAUGGGCUUGUCGAUUUUUCUGUGGAAAAUAAAUUCUCUUUUUGUCCAUCCACUUCACCAAUAAAAUUUGCCACUUGAUAUUUA